GGCGGGCGCGGCGGCAGCGGCGGUCGGUGGCGGCGGCAGCAGGGUCAGGAUGACGGCGAACGGGACGGCGGAGCCGGUGCAGAUCCAGUUCGGGCUCAUCAACUGCAGCAACAAGUACCUGACGGCGGAGGCGUUCGGCUUCAAGGUGAACGCCUCGGCCGCCAGCAUGAAGAAGAAGCAGAUCUGGACGCUGGAGCAGGACGGGGAGGACUCCAGCGCCGUGCUGCUCAAGAGCCACCUCGGCCGGUACCUGGCGGCCGAUAAGGACGGGCGGGUGAGCUGCGACAGCGAGGAGCCGGGCCCCGACUGUCGCUUCUUGGUGGUAGCUCACGGCGACGGGCGCUGGUCGCUGCAGUCCGAGCCCCACCGCCGCUUCUUCGGCGGCACCGAGGACCGGCUCUCCUGCUUCGCCCCCGCCGUCUCGGCUACCGAGAAGUGGAGCGUCCACUUGGCCAUGCACCCCCAGGCCAACCUCUACAGCCUGGCCCGCAAGCGCUACGCUCACCUCGGGCCCCGCCGCGACGAGCUGGCCGUGGACCGCGAUGUGCCGUGGGGAGUGGAUGCCCUCAUCACGCUGCUCUUCGUGGAGCAGCGCUACAGCCUGCAGAGCUGCGACCACCGCCUCCUGCGCUCCGACGGCCGCCUCGUCCCCGCCGCCGAGCCCGGCACCGCCUUCACCCUCGAGUUCCGCUGCGGCAAGGUGGCCUUUCGCGACGGGGAGGGCCGCUACCUGGCCCCCUCGGGACCCAGCGGCACCCUCAAGGCCGGCAAAAGCGCUAAGGUGGGCAAGGACGAGCUCUUCGCCCUCGAGCAGAGCUGCCCGCAGGUCGUGCUCCGAGCCGGCAACGACAGGAACGUCUCCACCCGGCAAGGGAUGGACCUCUCGGCCAACCAGGAUGAGGAGGGUGACCAGGAGACCUACCAGCUGGAGAUCAACAAGGACACCAAGAAAUGCGCCUUCAGGACCUACACUGGGAAGUACUGGACCCUCACCUCCAACGGGGGCAUCCAGUCCACCGCAUCCACAAAGAACGCGAGCUGCUACUUCGACAUCGAGUGGUGCGACAAGCGCAUCACCCUCAAAGCUGCCAAUGGAAAGUAUGUGACAGCAAAGAAGAACGGGCAGCUGGCGGCCUCCAUGGAGACAGCAGGCGAGACGGAGCACUUCGUGAUGAAGCUGAUCAACCGGCCCAUCAUCGUCCUCCGCGGCGAGCACGGCUUCAUCGGCUGCCGCAAGGUCACCGGCACCCUGGACUCCAACCGCUCCUCCUACGACGUCUUCCAGCUCGAGUUCAACGACGGAGCCUACAACAUCAAGGAUGCCACUGGGAAGUACUGGAUGGUGGGGAGCGAGUCGUCCGUCACCAGCAGCAGCGACAGCCCCGUGGACUUCUAUUUUGAGUUCUGCGACUAUAACAAAGUGGCCAUCAAAAUCAAUGGCAAAUACCUGAAGGGUGACCACGCCGGGGUCCUCAAGGCAUCCGCCGACACCAUCGACGCCUCCACCCUCUGGGAAUAUUAAUGCACUUUAGCGUACCUCCCAUUGCCAACGUUGAUUAUUCCCCCCCUCCUCCGUCCUUGGUUUCCUUUUGGGUUUCGUUUUCCUCCUCUCUGUACCAGGAUUUUCCGGCUGGCUCGUCCUCCCCUCCCACUGCAGAGCUGGUGCCUUGGCAGGGGAGGUGGGGCUCUGUGAAUUGAGAACUGGAAAAGUGCUGGGGCAGCCUAUAGCUUUGUAUUGUCCCCUUUCCCUCCAGGUUUGCUGGGCUUGGAAACUGCCAUCCCCCUGCUCCCGGCCCCAAACAUCACCUUAGGUAGUUUAUUUUCCUCUCCUCAGUUGAAAAAAGGGAAUAAGAUCACCUCUGUGCUUGCUUCUGCCAUAUCAGCACUGGCACCGCUUCAGUCUGUGCUGCCAAUGAUGUGUCCCCUGGAGCACUCACCCCAUCCCACCCCAUUCCAACCAGGAGCAGAGCCAUGGUGCUGGGCUCAGCCAGCUCCCCCCCCAGCAGCUUCUCUUUGCUCCUGGCUUUCGGGGUAGGAUUCAUCCCCAGCUGAGCCAUAAGAGGUGACCUUACAUAUCACAGCACCCCCGGGGCUGGCGCGGGAUGGCACGUAUCCCUGUGGAAGGGCCAGCAAGCCGAUUCCCUUCUUCCCCAUACACCUGGAAAUGAGUUUUGAGGGUGAUCCCGUCUGGAAAACCUCAGCUUUUCAUCUCGUGGAGCCCCACGCUCCUUGUGUCCCUCUGCCCCUCCUUGUGCUUCUGCCUCUGGAGGAGCAUCACAGACCCCAAUGGUGGGUCCAGCCUGGCUGGUCCUGCUGCUGUGCUGGGGAGGGGAUGCUGUAAGGGGGAUGCAGAGCAAGCCUGUGCUGGGUAGGGAGCUUCAUCCAGCCCACGGUGGGCUUUGGUCCCUGGCUGAUGGAACCUCCCCUGGGGGGUGGCUGGAAGCAUAAACUGCAGCUUUUGGUUUACAGAAUAGAGAAGUUCCUUAGCAAACUUUGCACAGUGAUAUUUGCUCAGUACCUUGUUUCCUUCCUCUCUCUCUCUCUCGUCAAAUACUGGAACAGUGAAGGGAAUCACUGCACACCUAAUGCUGAAUUGGGAAGCGCCCGCUCCUGUGGGCUCCCCCGAGGAGGGCAGCUCCAGGUCCUGGGCUCUCGUGCCAUCACAACUCAACUGGAAAAGAAAAAGAGAAAGACCAAAACAGUAUUUUUGUUAGUCUCUAUUUAUAUAUGCUCUCCAUGGCACUGUGUUACCAGCUGUUCUCUGUACUAGGUCUGCAUUAGAGUAUAACGCUGUUUGUAACGGGUGAUGCUGACGUGUUCGUUAGGGUGUUGAAAGGCACUUUAUCCUUUGGGGCCUUCCCGGGGCCGGUAUUUGCUCCCUGCAAACACACCAAGGAGCCUUCCCCCCCCCCCCCCGCCACCCCACACCAAGGGUGCUCACGGCAUCGCCGCCGUGCCAAAAUCACCGGUCCCUAUCGCCGGAGGCAAGGCAGGGGCUCCUCAGCCUUAAAGCCAUGUGGAGGGUGGAACCCCCUCCCUAGGAGCUUGGUGCUAUCCUCUCAGCUGGGGGAGCGAGUGGCCUGUCCCCUGCCACGGGGACAACCCCAGGCCGGGGUCCCUCCCCGGUGCAGGGGAUCCCAUUGGGAUGCUACCUCGGCUCUGCACUCGCAUCCAGGGGCUGCCUGCGCCCACCCGGGCACCGCUCUGCCCCUCGAAGGACCGAGUGUCUUGAUGAAGCCCUGAGUGACCCUGUGACUUGGCACACACUUUCUGCUGGCCUUCACCCCCCCUCCCCUUUGCCCUGUGUCACCUCCUCCCCGUCCCCCUGUUGCAGUUCGAACCAUGUAAAAUCCUGCUCUGGCUUCUUCUGUGUGACACUAGGUCAAGCAUCUCUCCUGUCUCCUCGUAGUGGGUGUCGUGACUCUCUGACAAACAUCUCACUCUGAAAAGUUAAGGUUUGGGGUUUAUUUUGGGGUUGUUUUUUUUGUUUUUUUUUUUUUUUCUUAAUUAUUAUUUUUUUGUAAGUGCCAUUUGUAUAACUUAAAAGAAAAAAAUGAGCUUCAAAUGGAGAAAGAUGAGUAAAAAUAAAACCUGCAUUCGGAUACAAACAGA